AUGGAGCAGACUACACCAGAUUCUCCGAGAGCCCAUUCGGCGAAGCUCAAACACCCCUUUUCAUCGAACAAAGUCAUCGCUUGCCACCGCUGCCACGCCAAGAAGAUCAAAUGCUCAGGCAGCCAGCCAUGCCAAAGCUGUGCCCUGGCCGAACAAGGGACGGACUGCUCGUAUCCACGGCGGAAUCGAACGGUCAAGGUUCCUCAAAGUUUCAUUGAUGGACUCUACAAAGAGAUCAAUCACCUGAAGCGACAACUCAAGUCUUCACCGUUGCAGAAUAGCCGGUCACUAGGCCAAACAUCUGAUGUACCGCAAUGUCCAGUGUCAAGGCUGUCGGGGCUGGAGGAGAGACAACAAGAGCCAACGCCUCCGGUACCGACUGAAGAGGCAGACGUGCAGAUCGACCGAAGGACAAACGUGCAAUCAAAUGCGAAUGACAGCCCGUGGUUUGACAAUAGUAACAUCUUUCGCACUCCCAUCCUCAACAGCGAGACCGCCGACACUGUGUUCGCAACUCGAUUUCGCCAGGUCAUUUCCGACCCGCAUGCUCCCCAGCCCUCACAUCUGCUUCGUCUUGAUUACGCCAACGACAAAGCGUUGAUGGCUCUUGUUGAAUCUACCGUACCGUGGCCUGGUCAUUCCCGCGCCCGCUUCCUCGUUGAGGCAGCCUUGAAGUACAUUAGCCGCUGCCCUUAUAUGGUCUCUCGCGACGUGGCUCGCGAGGGCCUAGCCCGGAUAUUUCUGGAUCCUGCAGCGGCUGGUCCCGCUCUCUACUGCAAGUGUUGGGCACUCUUCGCCCUUGGGGAGCUGUAUGCAACGCGCGCUGCCGCGACACAGGGCUACCCGGGCAUGUCGUACUUUGCCCAGGCAUCUAAGAUGCUGGGCUACCUGAAUGAACGACCAGACAUGGAGACAAUUGAAACCCUACUUCUCCUUUCUAUCUACUCAUUAGCCCUUAACCGAAGGUACAGCGCGUACGUCCUGUCUGGGAUAGCCAUGCGCUCCGCUAUUGUGACGGGCCUCCAUCUGAACAUCCCAGGGCCCCAGUUGUCCGAUAUGAGCGCCCGGGGGCAUCGACAGCGAUUAUUCUGGACGGCGUACAUGUUCGAUCGCAUGUGGGCCGCUCAGCUCGGCCACCCAGUGGCGAUCCAGGAUGAGGAUGUCGAAGUGGAUAUUCCAGGCUCACAUUUGACUGGCUCGCUCCUUGACGAGGACUCGGAUUGUGUGUACCAUUCGGCCAGCAUCCAGCUGGCCCGUCUUCUGACUGGCGUUGUCCAAUCGAUCUAUAGCUUCCGAUCCCAACGACAAGACAUACAAAUUGCAGCCCGAGUGCACCAGGUACUGCAGGAUCUACUGGCCUGGGUUGAGCAGCUACCGCCUCGCCUGCAGGUCGACCAUACGCCGGGCGCUGUAAAUGAUUUGAAAACUGUCUCGCUUCACUUGUCCUUCUACCAGUGCGUCAUUCUUGCCACUCGUCCAGUGCUUUUACACAGCCUGCGAAUGCAGGUCACCGACUCAUCAUGGGCAACAUCUGAGCUCCCCACCAGUGCCUCGGCAUUAUCAGAAGCCUGCAUUCGGUGUGCACGGCACUCUGUCCAGCUCCUAUCCCAGUCCUGGAUCGACGGCCUGUUUGUCACUUUUGAUUGCUUCUUCACGCGUUAUCUGUUUUCAUCCCUGACCAUCCUGGCUAUUUCGAGCAUUCUGGAGGGACAGGAUAACCAGGGCGACCGCGACUCGUUUGAAGAAGCUUCACGGCUUUUGGCUGAGCUGAAAGACGCCGGGAAUUGUGUCGCCCAGGAAUAUUGCCACCACGUUGAGGUCAUUGAGGCUGCCCUGACAGCGCAUGCAAAGCGCAUGAUGCUGUCUGAGAGCUCUAGUGUACCCGGAAAUGCGGCACCGUCACCAUCUCAGCUAGCCCCGGCUAUGCCGCGCGGUGGUCUCCUGCAGACCGAUUCAUCGCUUCAACAGCUCCUAUCUCAGCCGGCGCUCGAUGUGCAGUUUCUCGAAGACGCUAUCAGAGACAGUUGGUCGCCGGGGCGCUACGGGCCUGACUUCGGCAAUGUAGGUUGA